GUACAAACCACGUAACAUCACGCGAGGCGAGGCGAGGCGAGGCGAUUCAUCCAACCAUAACUGUGAAGGUAGUUUACUUGUACACUUAACUGAUACAGAUCGUAAAAAUGGCAGACCGCAAAGCUGUGAUCAAGAACGCUGAUAUGUCCGAAGAUAUGCAACAAGAAGUUGUGGAUUGUACCACUCAGGCCAUGGAAAAAUACAACAUUGAGAAAGACAUUGCCGCUUACAUCAAGAAGGAAUUCGACAAAAAGUACAACCCCACGUGGCAUUGCAUUGUGGGUCGAAAUUUUGGCAGUUACGUCACGCACGAGACGAAACAUUUCAUCUACUUCUAUAUGGGACAAGUGGCGGUGCUGCUCUUCAAAUCUGGAUGAAUUUAUGUUCAUUUACUUGAUAAAACUGUAAUGUAUGGGCUUAUGAACUGAUGUGUGGCAAACAGGAAAAACAAAAGCGGAUGAAGCAAGGGCGGUGUUCUGGGAUCAACUCAGUUCAAAGAUGGUGGGAUGUUCUGGGCAGGCCAGGCUUAUACAUUACCAACAUUUAUGAUGCUGCCUUCCAUCAAUGCUUAAAGGAACGGUGUAAUUUAAUUUUAUCUAGCAUGUGGUCAGAGAUUUGACUCACGGUACAUAUUGCGCUCUGCACUUCUUUAGAACUCACUGAAAAGUGAAGUUUCUUACAUUAACAGAAGAUGCAGUCCCAGACCUCAGGGUGUUAAUUUCGGCGUGUAAGUACGCUCGUCCACACCUUGACACUGGUGUGGAUAUUAACAUAUCGAGACCGUAAUGUGAUGCUCCUGCGUGUCACAUUACGCGAAGUCCCCUGUCAAAACAGACGAAGAGUGAAAAAUUGGCAGCGUCUUUCGUUUUUAACUAUUUCUUGUUUAUAUGAAAACGAUCUUUA